AUGUACUCCAUAUACAUCGCCUGUUGCGUCUUGCUGGGCCUGCUCUUCUGGAUCCUGGACCUCGCCUACCCACGACCGUACGCCGGGAUCCCUUACAGCAAGCAGGCAGCCAAGCGUCUCCUCGGAGAUGUCCCGGACUUUGUCAAGUUCAUCCAGUCGGGCCAGGACCCGGCACACUUUGGCAUCGCGCAAUGUCGCAAACUCAACUCGCCCCUCAUCCAAGUCUUCCUGCGGCCCUUCUCGCGACCAUUCAUCUUUCUAGACGAUGAUCGAGAGGUGGAAGACAUCCUGGCCACACGUACCAAAGAAUUCGAUCGAGCCCCUUCUACCGUCGGUGCCUUCAAGCCAUUCUUUAAGCACUCGAGCAUUCUGAAACAAACCACAUCGGCAUGGAGAGCCCAGCGCCGGCUAUGGGCAGAUACAAUGAGCACCGACUUUCUCCGUCGGGUGGCGGCUCCCAAGAUGCACAAGUAUGCCUUGGAGCUGGUUGAGCUGCUCAAGACCAAGACAGCCAUUGCCCGUGGCCGCCCGUUUUCCGUAGAAGAGGACUUUGAUCUUGCCACGUUUGACAUUAUCUGGGCGUCUGUAUUGGGCUCAGAUUUGAACGGGGUGUCGAACGAACAUGCCGGCAUUCGAAGUGGCCUCGAUUCCGUGGCCCAGCCCGAGUCGACGGAUUCUCCCGCCGUGAUGCCCCGUGUGCAGCGCGGGCAGAUGUUUGUUGCCGCCGAGUUCUUCAACAUGACCAUGGAACAGUCUCUCUCGUCGCCUUUGCCAACGCUCCAGCAUUGGAUCUGGCGCCAGUUGCCGACGUACAAGAGGCACUGGGCAGUCAAGGAACAGAUUGUAAACGAUCUGAUCAAGAACGCGCGACACCGGUUCGCACACUUUUCCGAGUCUCAAGUAUCCGGCGACCAAGACACGUGCGCCAUGGACUUGGUCCUGCGUCGCGAGUCUCUGGCGAUUCAAAAAUCAACCACGUCAAGUACUCUCACGCCUCCGACAACGGCAGAGGUCCACGACGAGCUAUUCAUGUUUCUGAUUGCGGGCCACGAGACAACAGCAACCAUAUUAACCUGGUCCACCAAGUUCCUCACCAACAACCCUACAGCGCAGAACACGCUUCGCGCAGCGCUCCAAGACGCAUUCCCCGAGUCAUCCCCGUUACACCUCCCACCCGUAGAGGACCUCGUCGCCGCCAAGAUCCCGUACAUGGACGCCACGCUGGAAGAAUGCGUCCGCCUAGCCAACAUCACCCCUCGCCUCGUGCGAGUCGCCACCGUCGACACCCAAGUCCUGGGCUACCACAUCCCCAAGGGCACGCAAAUCAUGUGCAGCCCCUACGUGGGCGAGGCCCCCUUCGACAUUCCCGAGUCGCUGCGGACCCGUAAGUGCCAGGCGGCCAAGGACAAUGUCGACCGCGGCUGGGGGCCCGACAUGUCGCACUUUUGCCCGGAGCGGUGGCUCGACGACGCGGGAAACUUUAACCCCAGGGCGUUUAGGAGACUGGCGUUUAGCACGGGUCCCAGGGCAUGUUUUGGCAAGAAGCUGGCCAUGCAGGAGCUGAGGGUUGUUCUGGCGCUGUUGGUGCUGAGCUUUAGGUUUGAGGCUAUUCCGGACGCGUUGAAUGGGUACCAGGGCCGGACGAGGGCGUUGCAUGCCCCGAGGCAGGGGUAUGUGCGGCUGAUGCCUCUUUGA